UGAUUUUAUAUUUUAUAGGUUACGUUACUGUAUUUAUCUUUUUUUUAAAUAAGGUUGUUUUAGUAAUUUAAGAAUUGUAUCGAAUACGAAAUGCAGAAGUGUAUAAUAAUCUAGGUGUUAAGUUAUUUUUAACAUGGAUACUAAAGGGAUUCUUACUUUACAAUUUGGUCAUUAUUCUAACUUUAUUGGAACGCAUUGGUGGAAUAUCCAAGAACAAGGAUUUAAUUAUGACUCUACUUCAGAAAUCAAUCACGAUGUUCUUUAUAGGGAAGGUUUAACAGAAAAGAACGAAGUUACAUUUACUCCAAGGCUUUUAUUAGUAGAUUUGAAGGGAAGCUUGAAAAAUUUACCUGAGAGGGGAGACCUGUAUGAUAAUUCAACAAAACCUUCUAAAGGUGAAACUGAAUGGGAUUCACAUUUGGUGGAAAUCGAACAUAAAUGUAGUGAUAAGAAAAAUCAGUUUCUAAAAGAUUUAGAAGAUCCCAUUGAAUCCAAAAAAGUAUUGAACAAAACUUAUGACUUAGAAAAAGAUGUAACGGUGUGGUCUGAUUUCUUAUAUUCAAGAUUCCAUCCUAGAACAGUGAAUGUAUUGCAUGAAUAUCAGCAUGGUAACGAACAUACACCAUUUGAUGUCUUUCCUUUAGGGACAAGCCUAUGGCACACGUCGGAGUUUGAAGAUGAAUUUAGUAAUAGAAUUAGAAACUAUGUAGAAGAAUGUGAUUAUUUUCAGGGAUUCCACUUGCUGAGCGAUUGCACUAAUGCAUUUUCAGGACUAUCGUCAGGGUGUAUGGAGCAUUUGCAAGAUGAUUAUUGUGGAAAAUCAAUUUUAGCUUUUCCAGUCAUACCUUCUUUUUUCCCUGAUAGUGAAUUUACAACUAAAGAACAACAGUGCCAUACAAUCAUAAAUGAUUCCAUAAGAGUAUUAAAUUUGGCAUUAGGGUUUAACGCCUUCAACACGCAUUCUUCAUUGUUUAUUCCAUUAUGUACAGGAAGUGAAGGAUGGCGACAACCUGGAACAAAGAGAGAAUUUUAUCGUACAAUAUAUAAUCAUAAGCUUCCAUAUCAUUCAAGUGCAGUUUUAGCUGCAGCAUUAGAUACGUUCACGUUAAAACAUCGUUUGAAAUCGACUAAUUUCUCCCUAAUUGACCUUUGUGCCGAUCUAAGCCACAAUGGCCGAAAAGCGGCAGCGGCCAGUUUAUGUCUACCGUUUUCAUUUAACGUAGAUGCUAGUCUUCUUGAAUGUUUAGAUAAUUGGGAAGGUAGUUUGUCCAAAAGUAUUACUCCAAAUUGUGCGAUAGGAACUGAUAGGUUAAUGCAGUAUAUUACGUUGCGUGGAAUUAGCGAGGACAAAUUAAAACUACCACCUGAGCGAGCACAGAAACAACAAAACUUGCCUGCGUAUAAAUGUGAUAGUAUUGCGGAAAUGCUUAAUCUGUAUUUAUCGUAUUCAACCCAUGCCACUAUAAAUAACGUUACUGUGGUUCAUAAACCACUCGAUGUAAAGACACCGUAUCCGAGAAUCUUUGAUCAGUCCAUUAAUCAGUUUGGGUACGUUUCUGCCACACCCAGACCACAGCAUAUAAAUGUAGAAAGUAUUCCUCUCUUAGCGGGUUUGCAUUCUGGAUCUGAAGUGGGUACUAUGUUAGAAUCUCUUUAUGUAGAAGCAAAGAGAAUUAAAUAUCCGAGGUUUCAUCAGUUUAUCAGUGCAGGAAUUGAUAAAGAUGAAUACGAAGAGUGUUUAGAGUCAUUACUUACACUUACUGAAAAUUAUACAGACAAUUAUUAUAUGUAAUUUUGUAAAUUAAAGCAUAGUUAUAUUUCA